UAAACCCAGCACGUGUUCUGUCCAAUAUUUACCCAUUAUGGGUCAAAAAUAACCCAGCCAUUUUUAGAGUGAAGUUAGAAGUCAAACAAUGUAAAUCCCAAAUUCUGUUGUGAUUAAAUUGAAGAGAAAUUAAUUUAAACGGCACUUUUUACAAAUAUUGCAUUCAAAGCAGCUUUACAUAAAAAUAGGAAAAUGCUGAAAACAGGAAAAUAUUACUAAAUGUACUGAGUACAUAUUAAACAGACAGAUAAAUAAUCAUUCAAAUGUUAUUACUACUUUAAUGUUAUACUAUAUGAGACUGCAGGACAUUUAGUCAAUGUAUAACAGGUAUUAUAUGAAACUUACAUGGAAAUGAAACUAAAAGAAGAGAAAGUGAUUUAGGAACAAUAAAAAAGUAAAUCAUAUCAAACAUCAAAGAAAGUGCAGGACUUCCUACAAGCCCAUAUUUGUCAUGACUUCCCUUUUACCGUAAAAACGAAACUGAUGUUGUUCGCCUCCGAUUGAACCCACAAGCAAAGGAAAGCAUUGAACCAAUCAGAGGCCAGAGAAGCUGAAGAUAAACAGACAGAUGAGCAGAUGGUAGUCAGUCAGGUAAACUACUGCUGAGAGAGAAAUACAAACAUGAGAUCAAUUCCAGAAAGCAUCAAGAUCUUAUACUAUGCCAACACAUCUGGCGAAGCGUAUGUAGAGAUUGUUUCUGUAAAACAGCAGAAGCGUCGGCCGAGUGUCUGUAGCUCUGAGGACUCUGAAUCUGAAGAUCUGCUGCCGGUCUUAACAGACCACAGUCACAUUUUCAAAGAGCAUCACCUUGACAAACUGGUCAAUCACAUACCAGCACGAGCUCGAGAAGAUCAAUGGAAACUAGUUUACAGUACGGCCGUACACGGCACCAGUUUGAGAACACUAUACAGACACAUGUCAGAUAUAGACCGACCCGUUCUCAUGGUCAUUAAAGACAUGGACAGCCAGGUGUUUGGAGCGUUUUCUUCUGAUCCAUUUAAAGUGAGCAGCUGUUGUUAUGGGACAGGAGAGACGUUUCUCUACAGCUUCAGUCCUGAGUUUCAGAUUUUCCGCUGGAGUGGAGAAAAUUCCUACUUCCUUAGGGGGUUCCAGGACUCUCUUCAGAUGGGAGCCGGAGGAGGACACUUUGGCUUGUGGCUGGAUGCCGAUCUUCAUCGCGGCUCGACUUAUUCAUGCAACACUUUCUGCAAUCGGCCUCUCUCUCGCCAUCAUGACUUUAAGAUUCAAGAUCUGGAGGUGUGGUCCUUUAUAUGAAGGGAAAUGUCUGAUCUGAAGUGUUAUCUGCUGUGAUAUUAUGAAACACACAAACUAUCCGUUAAACUUGUGUCAUAUGACUCCUAACGUUCAGUUAAAACAGGAGCGGGAUCAGGAACAGGUUGAGACAGGAUUACAGUUUGAGUUUCUAUUUCCAAUAACUGUACAAUCCUGUGAAAGUCUAAAGAGGAUUAACAAAACCUGAAACUAAAAACCUGAAAACAACGACUACUACUGUGCUGCAUGUGCUUCAGCUAAGAGGAGUGACUACAAGUGGAUUUUGAACCCUUAAAUACUACUUAGAAAUAAACUUACACAACAUUACACAAACUUUUCAAUGCACUUGUAAGAGAAAAAUGAUUUACAUGUCAUUACUCCAAUAAUUAGAAAAGAAAAAUGUUUGGAUUUUUGUUUUUCAACAAAUUAUUUUUUUACUCUAUUUAUGUUGUUUGAUGUGUGUAAUGUUGUCGUUGUUGAAUUGUGUUUAUCUCAUUCAGUGCCGGCACUGCAUUUGUAAACAUUGAUAUGCUAAUAAAUAUGUUGUUUUUUUAAGAA